CGUGGAACAGGCGGUAAUAUGGAAGCCCGUCCAAAUGAUUGGACUUGUGAACCUUGCGGCAACACUAAUUUCGGUUUCCGGCGAGAGUGCAAUCGCUGCCAUGCACCGCGUGGAAGCAGUUCGGGAGGUCCAGGUCCGAUGAGAGGCGAUGGUGGGCGGGGAAGAGGACGUGGAGACCGCGCUGCCCCGUAUUAG